CCAAGAUGGCUGCUGGGCACGGCAGGAAGUGACGCACCUAGCGCGCCCCGCGGCGGGCCGAAUUUCCGCUCUAUUUGAAAGUGUUCGCCGCGGCGGCGGUGGCUGCUGCUAUUGUUUCCCGCGGUUCCGGGCCCUCAGCGUGAUGGCCGCCUUCGCCCUGGAGCUGCCGCCGGCCGGAGCUGAACCAAUGACUCUUGGUUCCCCCACCUCUCCAAAGCCAGGAGCUGGUGCUCAGUUCCUACCUGGAUUUUUAAUGGGCGAUUUACCAGCUCCAAUGACUCCACAACCUCGCUCUUUAAGUGGCCCUUCUGUUGGUGUGAUGGAAAUGAGGUCUCCUUUACUUACAGGUGGAUCUCCUCCACAACCAGUAGUUCCUACACAUAAGGAUAAAAGUGGUGCUCCCCCUGUUAGAAGUAUAUAUGAUGAAUUAUCUAGUCCAGGACUUGGAUCUACACCUCUAACCUCAAGAAAACCACCCAGCUAUUCUGUAACGCAGAGUCCAUUGGUUGGAACUAUGCCAGCAACCCCUGGAACAGCCACAGGUGUAUUUAGUCCUGCAAGUAUUGGACAGCCCAGAAAGACUACACUGUCUCCUGCUCAGCUGGAUCCUUUCUACACUCAAGGGGAUUCUUUAACCUCAGAAGACCAUCUCGAUGAUACCUGGGUAACUGUAUUUGGGUUUCCUCAAGCAUCUGCUUCCUAUAUUCUACUACAGUUUGCACAGUAUGGAAACAUAUUAAAGCAUGUGAUGUCCAAUACAGGAAACUGGAUGCAUAUUCGGUAUCAGUCCAAACUGCAAGCCCGGAAAGCCUUAAGCAAAGACGGAAGGAUUUUUGGUGAAUCUAUCAUGAUCGGAGUCAAGCCUUGUAUAGAUAAAAGUGUGAUGGAAAGUUUUGACAGAGGCUCUGCAUCCUCCAUGUCUUCAGUCUUCACGCCACCGACAAAAACCUUAGGCACACUGAUGCAGCCUGCAAGUACUCCAAGGAUUUCUACAAUGAGACCUCUUGCAACAGCAUAUAAAGCUUCCACUAGUGACUAUCAGGUGGUUUCUGACAGACAAACCCCAAGGAAAGAUGAAAGUAUUGUAUCUAAAGCUAUGGAAUACAUGUUUGGCUGGUAAUAAGCAAUGGAAAGUAUUACACUAAAACACAGGGCUACGAAUAAACUGCCAGCUUCCUGGUUAGUUGUAUAACCACUCAUGGCAGUAUUUCAGCUUCCCUUCAUACCAGUUAUGCCUUCUGAGAGGAGAAUUCAGCAUUCAUUGUUUGCACUUUAAAUGAUGGCAAUGUACACAGCGUUUUAAGAUGUUAAUCUUAAACUAAUCAGUGUAAAUACAAGUGGUCUCUUGCUGUUUGUGCUCUAGUGAUUGCAUGACUUCAGGAAAAAAGUCAGUACUGAUUUGCUAUAAGUUAUGGAAUUGUGUUAAUUAUACUUUCCAGUAAAGUGAGAAUGUAUAAAUGACAACUCAGUUCACUGUUUCCCAAUAAUGUAACAAUGUUUCUUAAUCUUUUCUGGAAAGAUGGUAAGUGUUUUGCAGGAUGAACACUAUGUAUUCUAGUAAAAUAAGGGAUUUUUCUUGGGCUACCAAUUUUAAAAUGAAUGUUAAAUUUUAAUUUGGAUGCUGUUUAAUACUUCUCUGUUUAUAUAAAGUUCAUCUGGGAAUCCCAUUCUAAAUGUUCAUAACAGCCUUUUAAACUUUUUAACUUACAUUUUCCUAAUAAAAUUUAAUUAAGAGUU